GUUUUUUUUUCCCUGAUAAGCUUUGGUGAAAAAUACUAGUACUACCUCGAUAUUGACGGCUUUAUGCCGUUUUAAUGAACAGAUGGACAAUUAUUUAACUCCAAAGGACUUAAUUUUCCUGAAACGUUUGCGUUUUUCCCCCUGGAAACUCAGCGCUAUAAAGACUUUGGUGUGCUAACCAAUCUUCCAUCGACAGAAACAAUGCAGGCCUAGCUAGAAGCUAACAGAAGCUAAUCUGCUAGCCGUAGUCCAUCAGACUGCAGAGGAAUUUAAAUCCUGGAAGGAGCACUUUGUUCCACUCUGUAACAUCAGACAAGACGCUAUGAGUUCCCAGCUGCAGGUCUUCUCACCUCCCUCCAUCUCCUCCAGUGCAUUUUGCCGCGUAAAGAAGCUGAAGGUGGAGAAUAAUGUUUGGGAUGUGUCCAGCACUGAAGCCUACAGCUCCAUAGCUGGCCAGUCAGGAUACGCCUUUACCCCGGCCAUGGCUGUCCCACCCUUUGCACGAUCCCUAGUCUUCCCCACUACAGCUCCUGGCUCCAGAGGUCAAGUGGUGGUUCGGGCAGCUGAUAGCACUGGCAGUCUUACCCGUGGUUCAAGUCGACGUGUCACUGAGCAAGCACCAUCAUCCUCUUAUUGCCACGCUGAGACGUCUUCUGACACAAGGGGGCACAGGCAUGGGCAGAAAAGGAAGAUUGAAGAGGCCACUGAAGGCACCGGGAGCGGAUCUGGCAGUGUCCAAAUACUGGAGGAACUCUCAGCCCCUGCAGCUGUUUAUUCUACCCGUACAGGUGGUGGUGGUGGUGGAGGGGGCACAGGCCAGUCCAUACCCAACUCGGCACCAACCACCAAGAGCAGCAGCUCCAAUGGUGAAGGGGAUUAUCAACUGGUGCAGCAUGAAAUUCUGUGCUCAGUUUCCUGCAGUUAUGAAGUGCUGGAGUUCCUGGGAAGAGGUACCUUUGGACAAGUGGCCAAGUGUUGGAAGAGGGGCACUAAUGAGAUUGUGGCCAUCAAGAUCCUGAAAAACCAUCCUUCAUAUGCUCGUCAGGGCCAAAUUGAGGUGGGUAUCCUGAACCGACUUAGUGCAGAGAAUGCUGAUGAAUACAACUUUGUGCGUUCAUACGAAUGCUUCCAACACAAGGGUCACACCUGCUUGGUGUUUGAGAUGCUGGAACAGAACCUUUAUGACUUUCUCAAACACAGCAAAUUCAGCCCACUUCCACUACGGCACAUCAGACCCAUCCUUCAACAGGUAGCUACAGCUCUGAUGAAGCUAAAGAGUCUGGGUCUGAUUCAUGCAGAUCUGAAGCCGGAGAACAUCAUGCUGGUUGACCCUCUUAGGCAGCCCUAUAGAGUAAAGGUUAUUGACUUUGGCUCAGCCAGCCAUGUAUCCAAGGCUGUCUGCUCAACCUACCUACAGUCCCGCUACUACAGAGCACCAGAGAUCAUUUUGGGUCUGCCAUUCUUUGAGGCCAUUGACAUGUGGUCUUUAGGCUGUGUAAUUGCAGAACUGUUUCUGGGAUGGCCUCUCUACCCAGGGGCUUCUGAGUAUGACCAGAUUCGCUACAUUUCUCAGACUCAAGGCUUACCAGCAGAGUACUUACUGAGUGCCGGCACAAAGACCAGCCGCUUCUUCAAUCGUGGUCCUGACUCAAGCUACCCACUUUGGAGACUCAAGACCCCAUCAGAACAUGAAAUGGAGAUGGGCAUCAAGUCCAAAGAGGCCAGAAAGUACAUCUUCAACUGUCUUGAUGACAUGAUGCAGGUCAACCUGUCUUCUCAUUUGGAGGGGACAGACAUGUUGGCAGAGAAAGCUGAUAGACGAGAGUUUAUAGACCUCUUGAAGCGGAUGCUCAGGCUUGAUGCUGACAAGCGAAUCACUCCUACAAAAACUCUGGGUCACCCCUUUGUCACCAUGAGUCACCUUAUGGAUUAUCCUCACAGCUCCCAUGUAAAAUCGUGCUUCCAGAAUAUGGAGAUUUGCAAACGCCGGAAUGCCUACGACAGUAGCAAAGCUUUGUACUCCACCACUGCAGUCCCCAGUGCUGCAGCGGGCAACCUCACUGUCACCUUCAGUAGCCAACUCAACCAGCAUAACCAGGUGCCUUCAGCUGGAGGAGCGGUGCCUUUGCUCAACUAUCAGCCGGCUCUGUACCAGCAGGCUACUAUUAACAUUCCUGGGCUGGCUCAGCAGAGCGUCCCAAUUCCAACACGUCCUGCUGGUUUGUGUAGCCAGACAGAACCCUUCCAGCAAACCCUAAUUGUUUGUCCACCCUCCACUAUUCAAGGGCUCCAACCAUCCAAGAGCUCCAGUUUUCCCAUGAGGAUGGAGAACUCUGUACCCAUAGUGCCUCAGAACCAGUCUGCACAGUCACUGCAGAUCCAACCGAGUGUGCUUACACAGGGUUCCUGCACACCCCUGAUGGUGGCCACCCUACACCCUCCCUCAGCAGGCAUGGCCCCCCAGUAUUCUUUGCCUCUCGGGCUGGGCACUGCUGUGGGUCGGCCCACCCUCCUGGAGCACACAGCCACAGUGCUGCAGGCCUGGCCCACGGGCACCCAACAGAUCCUUAUACCAUCAUCGUGGCAGCAGGUGCCUGGCGUGGCCAUCCACAGCACUGCCACCCAGUCAAAUGUCACAGAGUCUGCACUGCAGUCACUUCAUUCAGAUGCUGCUAACCAACAGGGACACGGCUGGAGGAUCACAACCCAAACCAGGACUCAAGACAGGAAGAAGGUCAAAGCAAGACGUGGUGAGAACAGAAACAGGGGUGUGUCCACAACGUCUUUAAUCAACAGCAAUGUGUUGAGCCCUCCCACAUCCAGCGUCAUAUCCCAGCCAAUCAUCAUCUCUGACACGCCAAGCCCGGCAGUUAGCAUCAUCACAAUUCACAGUGACACAGACACAGAGGAUGAACGCAAGUUCCAUCCCGCCAGUGUUGGUUUGAGCCAGCGCACUAACGUUAUAAGCUGUGUGACGGUGCACGACUCAGACUCGUCUACAGCCAGUCCUCUGACUCCUCUACCCCACACACAUGUCCCAGCUAGCACCAUGUCCUCACGCCACGCCAAGUCUUUGGCGAUAGUCACACCUUCAGUCAAAAGCCAAGUGUCUGAAAGGGGUGCAGUGUCACACAGCCGCCCAGAGGCCGUAAACUACAUCAAGCCUAAGAGGUCAUCCCAUCGACAGCCGUGCGGUUCAGGGGAGAUCACAGAGCGUCACAGACUGGUUCCAAGCCAGUCACACCCACUAAACCUCAGCCAGGUUCAGCCGGUUGUCUCUUCAUCUCAUGAGCGUUUAGGGGCGUCACACAGUGACUCCUCCUUGCGUCGGCAGCAGACAUUCCCUCCAGCUGUUUCAACCUCACAUUAUAACUAUCAGGAAGUGUCUGCCAUUGCCCCAGCCCCUGGCCUGUACUCUUACCCGACCUCCACGUCCCUCUCCUCAACUUCUCAGUCCAUGGAGCAGCUGCUGGGCCGUGGCCACAGCACCCACGCCCACUCUCCUUCUGCCUAUGCAGCACAGUACAUCUCCUCCUCUCGGAGAGACUCAAGUAAUCGCAAAGAUUCAGUCAGCAGUUUGCUACAUGGCCUCCCAUCAGCCUACCAGCAUCAGUUUGCCACUGGUUCCCCCUACGUUAGUGUGACGCCUCGCGCUGAGGCAUACGGUGCCUAUCAGAUAAGUCCAAGGCGCCUAACACAGUACCCCUACUUAUGAGGAGUAAAACUUGGAGAAGGUGAGAUCUCAUUCUCCACAUACUACCACAGAUGACAGUGGAAUAAAUAUUGGUAGAUUGAAGGGGCUUCGAUCAUGUGACAAUUAAUUUUGACCUUCAUUUACAAGCUCUUUUGGACUGUAUUAAUGUUUUUUAAAAUGUUUUAUUUGAUGUUUUAUCCUUUUAUUUUCCUUUUUUAAAAAAGUUUGUCCCUUCUUGUUGUCUUCUUCAAAUAUACAACUAAGGCUUUGUAGUAACUGUGUUUUACUCGUUAAUCUUGAGGUUUUGUGUGAAGAGAGAUGGGUCUCCUGUCACAAGCUGCUUUCGGUGACGCACAGAGGACAAAGACUUAAUGUCAUUUGUGUUUCAUUCACACUAACGCAGUGAGUCCCUGUGUUUUAACUCAGAAAAUAACUGUAUCAUGAUCUGUUUCCUCACAUAAUGUCUUUUACUGUUUAAAUUAUGUUGUUAGUGUGACGUAGAAGGAGGGCGGCCAAGCCUUCAGCACCUUAAAGUGUCUGUGUUGAUAUCAAAAUAAAGGCUUGAAGGUGUGGA